UUGCAGCAUCGCUCACAGCCAAUUCGAUAUUUCUGUGUAACGUGCAACGUAGCUAUAUGCAGCGAAUGUACUCAGGUUGAUCAUGUGGCCCCGACACAUCAGUACGAGUUGAUCUGUGACGUUACCGAAAAACAAAUGGCAAUUAUGGAAGCACUGGUACAGGAAGCUCGACUCAAACAUUCCGAACUUCUGGAAAUGUACAAGAUGGUAGAUGCUGCCCAGAAUCGCUUGAGUAGUUCGCUGACCCGAGCGCAUCAGAAUGUGGACGAAGCAGCACAGACGUUGAUGCGUAUUAUUGAGGAAAAUCGUCGUCAAGUAAUCAAGGAUUUGGAUAAUGCCUAUAGUGCGAAGCAGCUGCAGCUUACUGUUAUCGAUAAGAAGGUUUGA